AUGCCCGAGACCGCUAUCUGCGUCGAAAGUACUCGGACAGAACACAAAAAUCGCGGGCAGACCAACAUACAGCAGAAUGAGGCCAGUAUGAUGAGUGUACUCUUCGCAGGUGGUAUUGGUGGAGCCAUGGGCGACACCGUCAUGUACCCACUGGAUACCAUCAAAACCCGACAACAAGGUGCACCCGGCGUGCUCAAGUACCGGACUAUGGCUAGCACAACAGCGUCAAUUUUGCGCGAAGAAGGCCUUAUACGUGGCGUUUACCGGGGCUACUCCGCUGCUUUGUUAGGCUCGUUCCCUUCUACCAUGAUGUUUUUUGGCGUAUACGAGACAACCAAAAGAUAUUUCAAGCCCCAUGGCGGAGUAGACGAGACCGUGGUGCACUUGGGGGCUGGAUUCCUGGGUGACCUGGUUUCAAGCGUCGUCUAUGUCCCUUCGGAAGUCCUGAAGACUAGACUACAGCUCCAAGGACCUUACAACAAUCCAUAUUUCAAAUCCGGCUACAACUACCGUGGAUUGUCUCAUGCAUGCAGAACAAUCGCCCGAACUGAAGGCCUCUCUACGUUUUUUUAUGGCUACAAGGCUACCCUCAUACGAGACUUGCCGUUCAGUGCGUUACAAUUCGCAUUCUAUGAAAAAUUUAGAGCUUCUGCACAAACAUACUCUGGCUCUUCUGAUAUCAGCCUUGGGUUGGAAUUGGCAACCGGCGGUGCUGCGGGCGGCUUGGCCGGUGUUAUAACCACCCCCUUGGAUGUUAUCAAAACCCGCAUCCAAACCCAAACUGACGGGAAAAUUCACGGUACAGUUCAGGGUCUACGUUUCAUAGCUCAAAAAGAAGGAGUGCUGCGUGUUUUCAGCGGCGUCGGGCCCCGUUUGGUUUGGACCUCAAUCCAAAGCAGUGUCAUGCUCGUUUGCUACCAGGCAGUGCUGAAAGCUCUUGAUCCAAACGAACCCGCCAAGUCUGCUUUAACGUCGUCUUAG